GUGGUCGCGGUCUCGAUUCAACACACCAUCAGGACAAAACCGGGCCACCCUCGUCUAUCCUCAUGGAGUAUUCUGAUAUUUAUAUCGUGAACUAAUCCCUUCAAUUCCACCUAGUAAGUCUACUGCCAAUGUUCCUCUCCCCCCACUUCCACCAUGAAGUCGAUCAUCGCCAUCCUCUUAACCCUCCCUCUCGCGGCCGUGGCUACCUUGAAUGGCCGCUGCGUCAAGGGCUCCGAUCCUCUGUAUAACAACUUUGGAAUCUGCGUGAAGACGUCGACUUGCAAACACUAUGGUGGCACAUCCAAGAGCGGCCUAUGUCCCUACGACGACGACGAUGUCAAGUGUUGUGUCGUGGAAGAGGCAUGUGCCGAAUGCGGGGAGAAUGGCUGCUCCAUCUGCCAGUGGACAAACCAGCCCUGUGACAUGUAUUGGUUGUCAAAUAGGUGCCCUGGAGGUAGCAACUUUAAGUGCUGUGGUCCAGCCCUGUGAUAGUUAUUUGUCUGGGUCAGAGAUGUGGUUGGUUUUGUAUCAUUUACUCUCCAAA